AUGCAGGAUCCAGCCAUCAAUAUGACAGAAUUCACCCAUGAGAGCACUAAAGAAGAGGAAGAGAGUUUGCAGGAGGAAGUACUAGAUUUUGCACCAGCAACACUAGAUGAUUCUUUACUAGAAAUAGAAAAUCCACUGCAGGAGAUAAACUUAGGGACAGAAGAGGAUCCUAGACCCACCUUCAUUAAUGCAUUGUUGGAAGGACCACUCAAGAAUGAAAUCAUUGCACUUUUGCAUGAUUUCAGAGAUUGUUUUGCCUGGCAUUAUCAUGAGAUGCCUGGACUGGACAGAAAACUAGUAGAGCACAAGCUACCAAUCAAAGAGGGUUACCUUCCAGUCAAACAAGCCAGAAGAAUAAUGUCUAUGGACACGGAACUGAAGGUCAAGGAAGAAAUAGAAAGAUUGCUCAAAGCAGGAUUCAUCAGACCAGCCGUUUAUGCUGAUUGGCUAGCCAAUAUUGUACCAGUUCUGAAAAGAAAAACAAGGAUAGUUAGAAUCUGUGUGGACUAUAGGAAUCUAAAUGAAGCAUCUCCCAAGGAUGAAUAUCCUAUGCCAAUGGCAGAUAUGCUAGUAGAUGGAGCUGCUCAUAACCAGAUGCUAUCUUUCAUGGAUGGCAAUGCAGGGUACAACCAGAUUAUGGUGGCAGAAGAAGACAUCCACAAAACAGCUUUCAUGUGCCCAAGACAUAUAGGUGCUUUUGAGUAUACUAUAAUGCCUUUUGGCUUAAGAAAUGCAGGAGCUACUUACCAAAGAGCAAUGAAUUCUGUUUUCCAUGAUAUGAUAGGACAUUCUUUGGAGGUAUACAUAGAUGAUGUGGUGAUUAAAUCCUCAGAGAAGGAAGCUCAUAGUUCAAACAGGGAAUUUCUUAGGUUUCUUAGUUCACCAAAGGGGCAUAGAGGAAAAAUCCAACCUUUCUCCUCCUUGUUAAGGUUGAAGCAAGAACAGAUAUUUAAGUGGGAGGAGCAGCAUCAACAGGCUUUUGAGGAAAUCAAGCAUUACAUUUCAAAUCCACCAGUUCUGUCCCCGCCAAAGAGAGGCAGACCACUCAAACUCUAUGUUUCUGCAUCAGAGGUGUCCAUUAGGAGUCUGUUGGUUCAAGAUAACAAGGAAGGGAAAGAGCAGGCAGUCUAUUAUCUGAGCAGAACUCUGACAGAAGUGGAGAGGAAAUAUUCUGCAAUUGAAAGGCUUUGUCUAGCCUUAUACUUCACUGCGGUGAAACUCAAGCACUACAUGCUGCCAUUCACCAUCUACAUCAUUGUCAAGACAAAUCUAAUCAAAUACAUGCUAACAAGGCCAAUGUUGAGAGGCAGAAUUGGAAAAUGGACUAUGGCCUUGACAGAAUUUGCCUUCAGAUAUGUUCCUCAUAAAGCGGUCAAGGGACAAGUUGUGACAUAUUUCCUAGCAGAUCAUUCAGGAGAAGAGAUUGAAAACAUGGACUCUUUGGAUAUAGCAAAUCCUUCUGGGGCAGGGAUUGUUUUGGAGGAACCAUUAGGAAUCAGACACUGUUAUUCUUUCCAGUUAGAUUUCCAGUGCACCAACAACAGGGCAGAAUAUGAGGCUCUAAUCAUAAAACUUGAAAUACAAGUGGAACUAGGAAUCCAAUCUGUUGAAAUCCUAGGAGAUUCUAUGCUUGUAUUAAAACAGAUUGCUGGAGAAUACAAGUGUCUAAGUCCUUCUUUAGCUGUCUAUUUAGUGGCAGCCAGGAACCUUCUGACAGAAUUCAGAGAAGCUACUUGGGAACACAUCCCAAGAGAAGAAAACUUUGCAUCCAAUGAAUUGGCUCAAGUAGCAACAGGCAUACAAAUACCUGAAGACUAUGUGCAGAGGAUCAUCAAGGUAGGGAAGAAAAGUCUACCAUCUGUUCUGACCAAGGGGAUGGAGAUAGAUGUCAAUUCUGCCAUAAUCACUGAAGAUGACUGGAGAAAUCCUAUCAUAAAUUACUUGCAGUAUCCAACCUUGCCUUAUGGAAAAAGAGUCAGAAUCAUGGCUUUAAACUACCAUAUGUGGAGUGGAGAUUUGGUCCGAAAAAGCAAGGAUGAGGUACUAUUGAGGUGCCUUGGGAAGCAAGAAUACAUGAAAGUCAUGGGAGAAACUCAUGAAGGAAUCUGUGGAGCUCAUCAAGGAGGAAGGAAAAUGUGCUAG